AUGCCUGGCCCAAAGAGCACCCCAGCAGAACGCAAGAAGCUCGUAAAGUUCGAUAAGGAGCUCACAGAUUUCAAAGACUUCCAGCAACUGAUCGAUAAGGCGACCUCGUGGAUGGGCUUGAAGAAAUUAGGCGACGGCCACAACGCUUUUUCGGUACACAGACUAUGCGUUGAGAUCACGGGCCCGACGCGCGGUCAUUUCUCACUGCUCGAUUUGCCAGGCCUGAUCCGCACGACUACGGAUGUUUACACCAAAGACGACCUCAAGUUUGUUAGGGAUCUGCAUGCCGAGGUCCUCGCCAACAAUCGCGCGAUCAUUCUCGCACACGAUCCAACGGGAGCUCGUACUCUCGGAAUCAUUACAAAGCCGGAUAGACUAACAUCGGGUUCGAAGCAAGAGCAAUCGUAUCUCGACCUCUUCGCAAAUAAAGGUAUUUUACUUCAGCUCGGCUGGUAUGUAGUUAUGAACCAGCCUGUCGCUAGCAGUAAGGAAGACUUUGAGCUGCGCUGCUAUCAAGAGCAGGUUUUUACUAGCUCCGGUCGCUGGGAGGGUAUUCCCUCUAACAGAAAAGGGAUCGCCGCCCUUCGUAAUCGAGUAUCCAGAUUGAGAGUCGAGCAACACAAGCGCGACCUUCCUGAACUGCGAGAUGAGAUUACGAAACUACUUAGGAAGACCAUGGAUAAGCUGCAAGAGCUCGGGGGCAAGCUAGCUGGAAACUUCUAUAACGAGUUCUUUUACCUAAAUGUUGCAAGUGCUUCGGAAAUUGAACCAAGACAUCUUUCUGACGGGGUUGCUUCUGGCACGGAUACUUUGAGUAAGCACGACUGGAGCAAAGCUGAUGGCAUCGAGAAGAGGAAGAGCGACAUAGAUCGCAAGGAAGCUAUUAAUUGGAUUGCGAAGCUACACAAGCGCACGCGCGGCUCUGAACUUCCCGGAACACCGAGCGUGCUGCUAGUUUGGGAUGCCUUCCACGAACAAUCUAAGCCUUGGGAGAGGUUAGCCGAGGAGCACAUUCUUAGAGUCGAAGGCGCUUGUACCAUCCUUAUAAAGGAAGUUAUCUACGCAACCGCUCCGCCCGAUCUCGUAAAGAAGAUCUUGGACUUUAUAGACGACGACUUAGAGCACCGUUUCCGCUUAGCUCAGAAGCAGCUUCACGCCCUCGUCGACGACAAGAAUACCUCGAACACCAUGUGCGAUCCCUCAUACUUAGCCAACGUAACGAAGCUGGCCAACUACAAGCUUGAUAAAGAACUUGCUGCAACCGAGACUUCGUCAUACUCAGACCGCAACAUGCAUGUUGCUGCGCUGAGUGUACGUCUCGGCUUGAAUAACAAUGUCCGCAGCACUGCAGAAAACGCGCUGGACCAUCUCCUGGCUCUCUACGAGAGCAAGCGCACUGCGUUCAUCAUGAACGUCACGGAGCAAGUGAUCAAUCGCCACCUCAUUCGAAACCUGGCCGAGGACACCUUCUCCCCCAAAGCUGUGGACAACUUGUCCGACGAGCAGAUCACUGCCAUCGCAGCAGAGCCAAUCAGCGUCACCAAUCGGCGGAAUGAAUUGGAGCGUAAGAAAGAGAUCUUGGUGAACUCUCGCAACAUCUUCCAAGCUCUGCUGCAUCCCCACAAGCGCCCUGCAGAGGAUCUCGAUGCCGCCAAUGCAGGUGGCGCAAAGAAGCGUAUGGCUCGCAAGACCCUCUUGGACAUCAGUCGUUGA